UGCUUCUAAUUAACUCCACUAUAAGCUUCAUUGAGGAAAACAAUGCAGGCAACGCUGCAGCAGCACUUAUGGCAGGUCUUGCGCCAAAAACCAAGGUUCUGAGAGAUGGAAGAUGGACAGAGCAAGAGGCUGCAAUCUUAGUACCGGGAGAUGUGAUUAGUAUUAAGUUAGGAGAUAUUAUCCCAGCUGAUGCUCGUCUCUUGGAGGGAGACCCGCUCAAGAUCGACCAGUCUGCCCUAACUGGUGAGUCUCUGCCGGUUACAAAGAAUCCGGGUCAUGAAGUCUUCUCUGGGUCCACUGUCAAACAAGGUGAGCUAGAGGCCGUUGUGAUUGCCACUGGGGUGCACACCUUCUUUGGCAAGGCUGCUCACCUGGUCGACAGCACCAACCAGGAAGGACACUUCCAAAAGGUGUUGACUGCCAUUGGAAACUUCUGCAUAUGCUCGAUCGCUCUGGGGAUGAUAAUAGAGAUAGUUGUUAUGUACCCAGUUCAGAAACGUGAUUACAGGAAUGGGAUCGACAAUCUAUUGGUGCUUCUCAUUGGGGGCAUCCCAAUAGCUAUGCCUACUGUUUUGUCUGUGACAAUGGCUAUUGGUUCCCACCGGCUGUCAAAACAGGGUGCUAUCACCAAGAGGAUGACAGCCAUUGAAGAGAUGGCUGGAAUGGAUGUUCUCUGUAGUGACAAGACCGGGACUCUUACUCUCAACAAGCUUACUGUAGACAAGACCAUGAUAGAGGUAUUUGUGAAGGAUGUGAACCAGGACGCUCUGAUUUUACUUGGGGCCAGGGCUUCCAGGGUUGAGAAUCAGGAUGCAAUUGACGCUUGUAUUGUUGGGAUGUUGGGUGACCCCAAGGAGGCGCGAGAAGGUAUCAAUGAGGUGCAUUUCUUUCCCUUUAACCCAGUUGACAAGCGUACGGCCAUAACAUACAUCGACUCUGAAGGCAAUUGGCACCGAGUUAGCAAAGGCGCCCCAGAGCAGAUCAUUGAGCUCUGCAACCUCCGGGAAGAUGUAAAAGAGAAAGCCCAUGCAAUCAUUGCCAAGUUUGCUGAUCGUGGUCUUCGCUCUCUUGCUGUUGCUAGACAAGCGGUGCCAGAAAAAACCAAGGAGAGCGCAGGAGGACCAUGGCAAUUUGUGGGUCUAUUGCCUCUCUUUGAUCCUCCGAGACAUGACAGUGCAGAGACCAUUCGCCGAGCCCUCAAUCUUGGUGUCAAUGUUAAAAUGAUCACAGGUGAUCAGCUCGCCAUUGGGAAGGAGACUGGUCGCAGGCUUGGCAUGGGAACAAACAUGUAUCCUUCCUCCUCCCUCCUCGGUGAUCAUAAAGACGAGUCCAUUGCUGCCCUUCCUGUUGAUGAGCUUAUUGAGAAGGCUGAUGGCUUUGCUGGCGUCUUCCCUGGUAAUUGGACUGCAUUCUUCAUUUUGAUUGAGAUCUAUGCGGCGUUCACCUGUAGCCAUCUCAACAUUCCUACAGAACACAAAUAUGAAAUCGUGAAGAGGCUGCAAGAGAGGAAGCAUAUAUGUGGGAUGACUGGAGAUGGUGUAAAUGAUGCCCCGGCUCUAAAGAGGGCAGAUAUUGGGAUUGCAGUUUCUGAUGCUACUGACGCAGCCCAAGGUGCAUCUGACAUAGUCCUGACAGAGCCCGGAUUAAGUGUAAUUAUUAGUGCGGUCUUGACUAGCAGAGCCAUUUUCCAGAGAAUGAAGAACUACACCAUCUAUGCAGUUUCUAUAACUAUCCGUAUCGUGCUGGGUUUUAUGCUUCUGGCACUGAUAUGGAAAUUCGAUUUCUCACCUUUCAUGGUUCUGGUAAUUGCCAUACUCAAUGAUGGAACUAUCAUGACCAUCUCGAAAGACAGGGUGAAGCCUUCUCCCCUUCCUGAUUCAUGGAAGCUUAAGGAGAUCUUUGCCACCGGCAUCGUUCUUGGCACCUAUCUAGCUGUCAUGACCGUUGUUUUCUUUUGGGCUGCUCACGAAACCGACUUCUUCUCGGAUAAGUUUGGUGUAAGAUCUAUAAGGAACAACAAUGAAGAGCUUACUGCAGCUGUCUACCUUCAAGUGAGCAUUGUAAGUCAGGCACUCAUCUUUGUUACUCGGUCCCGGAGCUUGUCUUAUGUUGAACGCCCUGGUCUCUUGCUUGUGGUUGCCUUUCUUAUAGCACAGCUGGUGGCAACUAUUAUUGCCGUGUAUGGAAACUGGGGCUUUGCGAGGAUACGCGGAAUUGGGUGGGGAUGGGCUGGCGUUAUUUGGAUCUACAGCGUCGUCUUUUACAUCCCUUUGGAUAUUCUUAAAUUCAUUAUCCGAUAUGUGUUGAGUGGCAAGGCCUGGAAUAAUCUGCUCGAGAAUAAGACUGCUUUCACGACGAAGAAGGAUUAUGGAAGGGGAGAGAGGGAAGCGCAAUGGGCUGCAGCUCAACGGUCGCUGCACGGGCUUCAUCCUCCCGAGACAUCAGAACCUUUCACUGAUAAGAACAACCAUGGGGAGUUGUCUGAAAUCGCCGAACAGGCCAAGAGGCGUGCUGAAGUUGCCAGGUUGAGGGAGCUCCACACGCUCAAGGGUCACGUUGAGUCUGUAGUGAAACUGAAGGGGCUUGAUAUUGAAACCAUUCAGCAACACUACACUGUUUGAGGGAGGAAAUAGUUUGGCAAAUGAGCAGAGAGGCGGGCAUACAAGUGACAGGAGUUCUUUGUUUAACGUUUGUCCUUUCCUCUCGUAUGAUUUUUGUAGGAUGGCUAAC